AUGGCGGUGUUGGGCGGGAUGUUGAGUGUUCGUGUGAUUUCUGGUGAUGAGGUGGUCUCCAUGCCGAUGGCGCAAUUUGCGGAGAUGACAAAGCUAGAAGAACAUCCAGUACGUUAUUUGAAACAGCUCGUUGGUGAUGUGCGCAGGCUCUCCAGAUUCAGGCUGCGGCUGCUUCAGAACGGCAUCGAGUUGGAUGAUGGCACUCUGCUCGAGGGACAAGCAGAUCUAGAAUUGGUGCAGCUGACCUUCUCUUCAGCCUCAGACGCGCAAGUGGCAGAACUUGUUGCAGCAGCAGGAGACAACGAAGUCGCGGAGGUCGAGCACAUACUAGGCAGACCUCAGAAUCCAGACUUGGGUAAUCCAUCGCCUCUUGUGAAAGCUUCGUUCGGUGGCCACUUGGAAGUUGCCCGCCUCUUGCUGGAAGCCAACGCUGAUCCUGACAUGAUGAGCCCCUUGGUGUUUGCUUCCAUGUGUGGUCAUGUUGAAGUGAUCAGCCUGCUCCUCGAGCGCCGGGCAGACAGCAACAAUGGAUGUCCUUUGCACGUUGCCGCCAAAAACGGCCAUGCAACCAUUGUUCGCCUACUGCUUGCAGCUGGUGCAGAAUUCGACAAGCAAGUCGGCACUACAGGCUCGACCCCGUUGCAUCGCGCAGCACUUCGUGGCCAUUUGAGCGUUGUCCGUGCGUUGCUCGACGCGAGGGCUGACCCGAACCUAGAAAACGAGCAGGGGGAAACCCCUUUGUUCAGGGCUGUGCGCAAAUCCCACUACAGUAUUGUUUGUGCCUUGCUAGAGGCUGGUUGCAACAAGGACAAGGCAGACAGCAGUGGCGAAACUCCUUUGUCGACGGCUUGCUUAAACAAUCACUCGCAAAUGGUCCAUUUGUUGCUGGCGGCGGCUGCUGAUGCGAAUGAGGUGUCAGCUUAUGGCCAGUCGUUGCUGCAUUUGGCAGCAUUUGCAAGUGAUCCGGAAAUUGUCGACUUGUUGCUUGAGGCAGGGGUGGACAAGGACAGUGUACAUUCAAACGGCGAGACCCCGUUGCACAUGGCUUGUCGUUUCGACAGAACAGAGAAUGUCCGCGCCCUCCUCGAAGCAAAGGCAGACAAAGAUAAAGCCACCAAGGACGGCGAAACCCCUUUGCAUAUCGCUUCUCGCCAGAGCAUUUCGAAAGACAUCGUCCGCCUCCUGCUAGAAGCAAAGGCAGACAGGGACAAGUUUGAUGGCUCUAGCAACACGCCCCUGAAAGCAGCCCUAGAGUGCAACUGUGCAGCGGCUGUCCACCUUUUGCAGGACAACACGGGAGUUCAUGAACCCGAAGCUGAUCAGACAAAGACCUUUGGAAUCUGGACACUGUCCCUUGCAGCCGUGGUGGAGGCGGUUCUGCUACGAGAUGAUGAUACCGCCUGGAUGACGAAGCGAGGCUGCAAGUGCACCUACCGCUACGGGGGCCUGGAGGUGGAAGCACAAGAGUUCCCACCGAAGCUUGGAUCCCUGGGCCUAGGAACCAGGCACUUCUGCGGCAUAGGUGAGAGGGAGUGGCCCGACUCCUGCAACCUCAACUACUACGAGGAUGGUGGAGCCUCAGUUGGCUGGCACGCGGACGAUGAGCACCUCUUCCAGGGCAAGCUGCAAGACAUCCGCAUCGUGUCGCUGUCUUUUGGCCAAGCCCGCAGCUUCGAGCUGCGAAGAAACUGGCCGGAGGGAGACGAGCCGGGGGUUGAGAGGAUUGUGUUGAGCAAUGGUGACCUGAUGACCAUGGAGGGCAUGACCCAGAAGCAUUACCAACAUCGUGUUCCCAAAGAGAGCUGCAAGGGGCCGAGGAUCAAUCUCACGUGGCGCCUUGUCUGUAGCAGAUCUUUAGCGGUUUUGCUGGACAUGGGGUAUUUUCCAAACAGGGCAAAUAGGGCAACCCCCCCCCCACAGGACAUGGGUUAUUUCCCAAAUAGGGCAACUCCCCCCCCCCCCCCACACUAG